AUGUGGCCAAACAACACGCAUCUCCAAGUCUCGCAGGGUUAUCUUGAACUUCUGUAUACUCGGGGGCUCCUAUUUUCAACGCUCGACGCUGGUAUUGUGGCGACCUCAAUGACUGCCAUUGGCGAUGAAAUGAAAAGCUAUGACAACAUCACCUGGAUUAUCCUGGCAUAUCUCUUGACUUACAUGGGUUUUGCAGUUGUGAUCUCCCGACUCAGCGAUAUUUUCGGCCGCAAGGAUGUUCUCUUGGGGUCCUGGCUGUUGUUUCUGACCUUCUCUCACGGAUGUGCUACUUCAACUCGGAUGACGGAACUGAUAGUUUGCCGAGCUCUCCAAGGGGUAGGGGUUCCGGACUCUAUGCUCUGUCGCAAGUCUCACUUCUCGAAUUAG